AUGGCCGACGCUAUUGCAAAGGCCGCUCGGAAGGACACUCAACAUGCCAGACCGCCCAGUUCCUACAUGCAUGUGGAAGGCGCAAAGAGGGGCGAGUUGGAUUGGUUGUGGAUGGUUUUGCACACAGGUGUUAAUCCGUCAUGGCCAUUGGUGGAUGAGCAGGGCUCUUCUGCGCCGUGCGGCUUUGGGCAUGCAACCAUAGGUGCAUCUGAUUUGUGUCCUGCUGACUUUGGCCCCGCCGGACGGGGUGUCAGAUCCACCUCUCGCAGUGUCACAAUUGACACGGAGCUGCCAUGCAGUGUUGUGGUCAAAAUGGCUACUUAUAAUGCCCUCACGCUGAAGGGACAAACUCAGAUGGCUGCCGUGGAGGAGCAGUUUUGGCGCCUUGGUUUGCACGUGGUGGGGCUGCAGGAGGGCUGCGCUGACAUGCGGCCGGUUGUGAACGGAUACCAUUAUCACAAAUUUUGUGGGCCGGCGCCAGGUGGCCAGCUUGGUUGUCAGCUUUGGGUUGCCAAAUUUUGCGGGGGCCCAGGUUGUGAGGGCUUAAAGCAUGAUGCCAAGGCGUUUUCAAUUGUGCAUGCAGAUCCGCGCAUAGUAGCUGUUGCAGGUCGCCAUCAUGGCAUGAGGGUCACGUACGUUGCGGCGCAUGCACCGACCGUCGCUGCGACAGAUGAUACCGCCCAUGAGUGGUGGUGGCAGUUGAGAGACGUGAUGCGGAAGGCUCCCCGCGGGCAUGUUCCUUGCCUCAUGGUCGACGCAAAUGCCAGAUUUGACUGUUCUGUCGAUGGAGGGAAGUGUUCCAGAGAAAGUGCCGUUGGACGCAAUGCUGGCUUGUUCUGUGACUUCUUGGAAGACUGCAGCAUGCGGCCCACAAAUGUUGUGGAUUGUUUUGGAAAUCCAGUGUGCUCAUGGAUAAGUCCCCAAGGACGGCCUGAUUGCAUUGAUUACGUGUGUGUGCCGGUUGAGUGGCAGCCGAGUCUUGUUACCCUUGGAGUGCCUGAUGAUUUUGUAGACGAAACAUCCGGUUAUGAUCACAGCCCUGUUUGUGCCAGCGUGACCGUUCUGCCACAUAUCAGGACCGAGCCUAGGGCAGAUCGGUACAAUGUGGAUGAAAUGCGCACACAGGAGGGCCGGCAGCAGAUGGCGCAGAUUUUGUGCUCCUUGCCUAGGACCCCUUGGCAUGUGGAUGUUGACAGUCACCUUGAUCUCAUCAACACACACAUCCAACAGGCCAUUGCCAAGGUAUUUCCG